AUAGCACACUUACCCGACGAAGGUAGGAUAUCUUUUAUAUCAUCUCUCCGCCUAACAGAAGGUACCGAUGACAUUAGCCUAUCCGCAGUAUCCGGUACAACCUUCCUAAAUGGAAGCAUUCCUUGGGAUAAUCCUGGUCCCGGUUGAAAAUAUGUAUUCAUUGCCGCCGCCGCUGAUGACGAUAAUCCGUAGCUAAAUUGCUGAUUUAUCGCCCCGAUGCCGCUGGAAACGGAUGCGGAAUUAGGAGUAGCACGAUCUCCGGAUGACUGUGCAAAAUUGCAUACACUCCAGUUAGUCAACAAAGGACACACAAAUUCUCUCAACAAACUUACAUCGCCCGACAUGCCUCGAUUUUUUUCUUUCUCAAACGCUAAAAUGCACGGAGCAUAGAUGUUAAUUAAGGACACCUGGAUAAAAAUUGGCAAAUUCGUACCUGGAAGUGAGGAUCCACCUUCCGCACCAGGCAACGCUGGAAAAUCUUCGCUAUGCAUUUGAAAUUCUGUGUUCCCAUCACUUCCACCUUGCUUGGUCAAUCCUGAAAUAAUGGAGGCUAUUUUUCUGACAAGAUCAUCGUUACCCAAAUGACGGAUACGGAUCUGCCCUGAUUACGAUUACCACAAUUGUAAACAAUAUCGCAACCGUUAAUAAGUGUCGUAAAACAAUCCAGGGCUGACAAGCCGGAAGGACCCGACAAGGGAGAGCCAGCCCGUGGAAACUGAGGAAAAACGCACUUGUCAAAACCCAACACAGCAUGGAAAUCCAUCAAAAAUUCAUCGUCAGGCAGAUAAAUCAAAGACAGACCUCGCGGUCGUUCCUGCUGCCUCCAAACACAGAAGGGGAAUACGCAUUGUUGAAGGAAGAAUUGUACGAGGAGUCAGCGGAGCUGAAGUCGUUCGCUGAUGCAGAUAUCGAUGAGAAUCCCUGAUGGAUACAAAUAACAUGCUUUAAGCACCGCUCCCUGCAAUUAUCCCGAAGGGCAGAGGCAGAGCAAUUAAAACUCACAGGUGGGACCGAUUUUCUUAGGGAUGCGAAGGGUGACAUAUCCGAUAGUCCGCUGGGUGUCCUUGAAUUCAUUAUCGUACUGAGUCAAGCGUGAAGACAGAAAAUAAAUCAGAAUUCCCAAAAAAGGCAUGCCAUCUAAGCACGAUCUUUACCUUGAUCCCGUUGAUUGAGGCAAAUCCCAUAUCGGGUCCGUGUACCUGAAUAAGCAAAGUGGCACGCUAAAUCACUUCCCCGGGCGCAACAGACCAUUCAAAAUGGGGAUGCAAGCGAAAAACAAAAGUUCACAGGAGAUGCGAAUCAAAUCAAAAGUCGACAGGAGGAAAGGAACACAGUCACAGAAACCAACACGGAUCUCAACGUAAGCAUGCAGCAAUGAUCGUCCUGACGCAGACUUUACUUACUGGCCUGAAUUUAAAUACUGCUCGUUUCUACUAAACGCCAUGUUGUGUUGGUAAGUUAGAAUCAUAUCCACAUCAUAUCUGAAAACCUCACUGGUCAAAAAAAAUCUCAAGAAUAAGAAUCUGCAAAUCCAACGGAUUAUAAUAACGUGCAAGGCUGCAGUAGACUUUAAACGCUCUCUGUAAUGAUGGAAAUUUGUUUUUUCCGAACCUUCGCUGUAAAUACAAACCAUUUACGUACUUUUACGUUUAUACAAAGCGUUCCCUGCAAAUCGAACUGAAGCAGCUGAACAAUUUUUCAUGAAUGAGACGCUGCUACGCGCGUACGUAAACACACGCAUUCGUACGCUACGGUCAGGACGCAUCGUAGUAUGUCUGUUUACGGCGCCAUUCAUAAGUUGUCCGUAUUUUUGGCGACAAAACUUGAUACAGCACUAGUACUUCUUCCAGGCGGUAUCCCAAUAAUUUCGCGGAGUAUUGUGUUACGGUUUUUCGAUUUCCUAUGAAAAGCAGGAUGAGGGGUUUUCGCCCUUAUUUGUUUCUCUUCGCACUGUGACGAUAAACUAUUUAGAAAGUCGUGUUGUAUCGUAAUUUCAAAAUGAGUGCCUGUCCGGCGCAAUUGCAUAUUGUGCGACAGUUUCCUCAAGAAGCACGCAGUGAUCAAGUGACCCUGCGCAGCACUGAAGAAGUGCCGCUGGAAUACCGUUCCGUCUUCAAGACCUUCCCCUUCUUCAAUAUCUUGCAGUCGUCGGUAUACGAUGCGGUGUUUCAGUCCGAUAAUCCCCUUGUGAUAUCGGCGCCAACAGGCGCGGGUAAAACAUGCGUGUUCGAGAUGACCAUCGUCAAAAUGCUUAUGAACGACCGUUCACAGCAUACGCUGAAUCAAUCCGAAGAGGAUAGCCGCCCUACUCAUUUCUCGAAGGCGGUUUAUCUCGCUCCCAUAAAAGCUUUAUGCGAUGAGCGCUACAUGGAUUGGCGGGCAAGGUUUGGCGAGAUCGGGCUUACCGUUUGCAAAUGUACCGGGGAUUCUGACGGCGAUGACUUCGGGGAAAUUCAGAAAGCUCACCUUAUCGUGGCCACGUCGGAAAAAUGGGACAGCAUGACAAGGCGCUGGAAGGAUCAUGAACUUUUAAUGAAGAAUGUGCGCUUGUUUAUGAUCGACGAAAUCCAUACGAUUGGAGACGAAACAAGAGGUGCGGCAAUGGAAGCAGUGACCAGCCGCAUGAAAGCUAUAAGUAAAGCCCUUCAGCUUCGGGAAUCGCAAGAAAAUCCACUGGACAUCCCAUCGAUUCGGUUUGUUGCUGUGUCCGCCACGUUGAACAACAUUUCCGACUUCGGCGAAUGGUUGGGCUCCCCUCAGCUUUCGGCCAUUUGCCACAAAAUCGGGGAUGGCAGUCGUCCCGUGAAACUGCAGAAAGUUGUCCUUGGUUAUCACGCGGCUAAAAACUGUUCGGAGUUUAAAUUCGAUAUGAGCUUGAACUACAAGUUAGCCGGCGUAGUAGAGCAGUAUUCCCAAAAGAAACCCACCUUGGUGUUUUGCUCUACCCGUAAAGGAACCAUGCAAGCAGCAAAAGUUUUGACGAAGGAUAAUCAUUCGUUUGUCUCUAAUAUGGAUCAGUAUCACCGGCUGCAGCCGAUUGCGAAUUCUUUGAAGGAUCUGAGCCUUCGGUCCUGCGUUCUUGCCGGGGUUGGGUUUCAUCAUGCUGGAUUGGACAUUCAUGAUCGGAACGCAAUUGCCAGCUUAUUCGAAGAAGGAGCUUUGCCGGUUUUGUUGUGUACGUCUACUUUGGCUAUGGGCGUGAACCUUCCUGCGCAUCUGGUAAUAAUAAAGUCCACCAGCCACUACGUGGGGGGAAGCACUCAGGAAUACAGCGAAACAGAAAUUCAGCAGAUGAUGGGAAGAGCCGGCCGGCCUCAGUUUGACACGUCUGCGACCGCGGUUAUCAUGACACAAAAUGCAAAAAAGUCGUUGUAUGAGACACAAUGCGAAGGAACUCAGAUCAUUGAGAGCUCCCUCCACAAGAAUCUAAUUGAGCAUGUAAAUGCUGAGAUCAGCUUAAAAACCUUCUACAAUGCCGACACAAUGCUCUCCUGGAUACAGUCGACGUUUCUGUAUAUUCGCGUUUUUAAGAAUCCCCAGUAUUAUGGAUUGCCUAAAGAAGUAGAUUUUGGUGCGGUCCACAAUUGGUUAGAAGAAGUUUGUACGGAGUGCUUGCGCAGUUUGAAGCGCGAAGAUUUAAUUUCCGGUAACGGCGAGCAUUUCCAGUCAACUCUGAAAGGAUCGAUUAUGGCCAAAUACUACGUAGCUUUCGACACAAUUAAGUUGUUUGGAAAGCUGACCGGUAGUGAAUCAGUUGCUGAUCUGAUCUCGGUAUUGUCUGAAGCACAAGAAUUUUCCGACGUUCAGUUGCGUGUGAACGAAAAGCUGCCGCUGAAUACUCUGAAUCGGAGCAAGAACAACGUGACAAUUCGAUUUCCAAUGGCGGGAAAAAUUAAGAAUACCCAAAUGAAAGUUAACUGUCUAAUUCAAGCCACGCUGGGAUGUUUGACCAUCAGUGAUUACAGCUUGUCGAUGGAUGUCAACAAAAUUUUCCGAUCUGCAGCCCGUGUAUCGAGCUGUCUCGUGGUGUUUGUGCGAUCCGGUAAGCCGCAUUUUGCAUUGACCGUGAGCGCUUACCUCCUGGACAAAUGUUUGAAAGCCCGCAUGUGGUACGACUCGGAUUAUGUGGUUCGUCAGAUCUCGAAAGUUGGGCACAUUAUUUCGUCAUCGCUGGUAGCCGCGGGCCUAAAUAGUUUCGCAAAAAUUGAAAACAGCCAUCCCAGAGAGUUAGAAUUGCUGGCUAAUCGCAAGCCCCCUUUUGGUAAUCAGGUGGUCGACGCCAUCGCCCACCUUCCAAAGUACAAUCUUCGCGUCGCACAGCCAAAAAUUCCCCUGCAGCAGGAAGUGGAGGUAAUUGUGACUGUUUCAAUGCACAAUCAUCAACUGGUUUCAUCGCAAAAUACAGCCGGAAGUAAUCAUGCUGUGUUCCUGUUUGUUGGAGAUGCCGACAACAAACUGGUGCACGGAGAGAGAUUGACGGAUACCAGUUUGGUUUCACUCGGCGGGGUGUGGAGUCGUACCAUAAAGGUCAUUCGCGCAAAAGCGGGAGAUGAGCUCUCUCUCCAUUUACUUAGCGAGACGAUGCUAGGUUUCGAUGUUGUCAGCUCGUUUACGCCGUUUUAUUCCGGUCCACCCAGAGCGGUGUUGGUGAACAGUGCAUCCACUGCUGCUCCCCGAAUUCCGAAUGCGGCCCCAGUCCAGUACCGACAGACGGAACUGCGAUUCCCUGUUCGGAAGCGUCUUUCUGCAGAAACAGCACAAACCAUCGGUAGUCAGAAACUCCGAAAAAUUGCUCCUGCUCCUGUAGGAACUCAAGCUGUCCGAACUGCGUCCGUGCCUCUCAUAGCUAGAAUUCCGUGUGGCGUAACGCCAGUCCAUUCGUCAGGAGCAGUCCGAAAUACCGCUCCUCCUGUCUUUAUGGGAAACCACGGUUUUCGCCCUGCAGCCAUAUCGGAAACAGCAAGAAUUCAUCAUCCUUCUGUAAAUACUGGAAAAGUUGCUCCCGCACUUGUGGAAACGCAAGCCGUCCGAACUGCACCGGUGCCUUUCAUUGCUAGAAUUCCCUCUGGCACAGCAGCAAUCCAUUCGUCAGUUGCAGUCAGAAAUACUGUUCCUUCUACCGCUUUGGAAAACCAAGCUUUUCGCUUCACAGCUAUGCCGGAAGCAACAAGAAUGCCGUCACAGAUGCCGGCGAUCCACCCUCCUUCUGUGUAUAUGGGAAAAGUUGCUCCUAUACUCGUUGACAACCGGAAUAUCCAUCCUGCGAUGAGACCUAAUGCAGUGAGAGCUCCGUUAAGUUUAGCGACGACUCGCAAUCCUUGUGGUAGUUCUACUAUACGAACUGCUAUGCCUGUUCUUGCCGAAAAUCGGAAUGUCCACCCUGUGAUGAGCCCUGAUAUACGGAGAUUGAGAACUCCAUUUGAUGUAACGCCGAUUCGUAAUCCAUGUAGCAGCACUAUGAUACGAUGUGUUGCUCCUGUUCGGUUUGCGUGCAAUCAGAGUCAGACUUUUCGCCCUGCACCGGAAUUCCGAGAAGCUCGCCAGAGCACCGGAAUUCGCCCUACACCGAGAAGCCCGCCAGAGUUGUCUGUCCGAAAACUGUCCCCGGUUUUUGUUGGAAGCACUAUUCGCUCUACUGCUGAAGAGCACGCAGCAAGAAUCCCAUUAAAUUCUGCCAUGACCCAUAUUGUUCCCGGACCGAUUAAGGAGCGUUUCGGCAUCUCGAAUAGGCAGCCUAUUGGCCAAAAUGUCACGCAUCCAACGUCACUCCCGGAGCCUAUUGUCACUACUCCCCGAACACCAAACGUGGCAGUGCUACCCGGCGAUCGGAUGAUGACUCCUCCAUCACCAAGUUUUCGAUCUUUAUUCCUGUAGUGAGUACAUUUGUAGUCGAGACAUCAAAGAUCAAACAGUAUGUAUAAUGUUGCACCCGAUGGUAAGAUUUUGUUUGUCGUAAUAAUUAUGGAUAGUAUCUCAUCUAUGCGCACCAUGAUGUCGUCCACCGGUGUACAGUAGUUUACUAGGUUCUAAUUCGAUUUUACGUUAGCAGUU